AUGACUGACGUUGCGAAGACCUUCCAAGAGCAUAACGUCAUCCCGGAUGUCCUCCCCGCAGGGACGAAGAUCCCGUACAACCUCGGCGUGCACUGGCCGGCCGUCAGCCUCCGUACCCCGGCAGAGAGGCUCCAUAGAGAUCGAGUUCAAGAGCAGCCGAAAGUGACGACAAAUUUCAAGCCAGACGAUGCAUCCCGAGGUGAAUACGUCCUGCUCAUGGUCGACCCGGACCUUACACACUACAACGACGGCACCUUCGGCCAGGUCCGGCACUGGCUCGUCGCCAAUGCGACACUAAACAACGCGGGCGACGUCCUCGUCGACGACGCAGACGGCGCCGUCGCCGUCUCCCCGUACGUCGGCCCCGCGCCCCUGGCCGCACACCUGAUCGGCGUCGGCGCCCGCCCGUCCCGGUACACGUUUCUCCUGCUCCGGCACGCCGGCUCGUCCGCCGCCACCCCGCCGGCGGCGCUGGACGCGGCGACGCUGCGCGGAGAGUAUGCAGGCGACGCAGGCGCGCUCGGCGGCGACGCGCAGCACAUCGUCGACCGCAUGGGGUUCGACACGCGGGCGUUUAUCGAGACGAAUGGGCUCGAGGUCGUCGCGGCGACCUUCAUGUUCGUCGAGGGCAACGUCAAGAGCAGCCUGACGAACGCGGAGCUGCUGGUCUCGGGGGUUGCGCAGAAGGCCGUCGGAUUGUGA